CUGCUGCUCGCCGCCACACUCUCGCGUACACUCCAAGGUGAACUCCGUGGUGGAGGCUGAGCAGCUGCGAGUGGCCGACUUUUCCCACAGGUGGCCGCCACCAGAAGACCGGAAUCCCCCCCCCCCUCGCCCCCCAGCGAGCACAGGUGCACUCUGAGGAUUUACCAGUCCAUCACAAGCAUGCAGGAGAACAACAUGGACCACCCCACGUCGCUGUCGCAGCUCUUAAGAGAGAGCUACCUGGCGGAAGCCAGAGCCCAGCAGCGCCACAGCGAGAUGAGCCGCUCGGACGCUUCUUCCUCGCGCCCUCAGAUCUACGCCUCACUCAAAGGCAAGAACGAGGACUCGACGGGCCACAACGAUCCACAGUUCCACGACCUCUCAGCCUUCCUCAGCCAAGAGGAGCUGGAUAAGAGCGUGAACCUCGCCCGCCAGGCCAUCGGACAUGAGCCCCGGGAGGAGAGGGCAGAGGUCAAGGCCUCUGUCGCCCCAUCAACCCCCUCCCACAUCUCCCCAGCCUCCUCCUCAGAACCGCCAGCUGUAGCCAACCCCUUCCCUGCCCCCUCCACUGUGCCCUUCACCAAGCCGGCCUCCGAACUUAAAGAACCGCCGGCAACACACACAACAUUCGCAUCAGACAGAAAGACGCACAAAGCAUCCACGCAGCAGGAAACAAUGAGCAGGGACACGAGGGACACGAGCGAGGGAUUCAACGACUUUAACCGGGCGGGGAGGAACGCCCCGUAUGGUCCGGAGACCCAGUCCAAGAAGGAGUUCCUCAACAAGGCAGCAGACUUUAUUGAGGAGCUCUCUUCGCUCUUCAAGGCCAACAGCUCCAAGCGGGUGCGACCGAGAGCGAGCAAAUCCCACAGGAGUAGGAACCAGAACAAGAGCCAGAGCGAUGGGACGGCUCACCCGCUCGGGCCAGACAACAGGGAGCGCUCCGUCGUGCCCGUGGAGGUGGAGCAGGACACCCCCGGACCCCCCGCCGCUAACCACCAGGCAGAGGCCCAGGUGGACUCCGGGAUGGCCCACGUGGACCUUCAGGACAGGAGGGUUACCGGGGAGCCGCAGUACGGCCAUGUUUCCCAGCAGGAGGGGGCUGAAAACUGUGGCGCGACGGGAGGGCCGUACCCGGCGGAGCCGGCGUGUGAGCCUCCUUUCUUCAUCCAGAAACUGAAGAGCAGGGAGGUCCCCGAGGGGAGCAAGGUCCAACUGGACUGCAUUGUUAGAGGACUCCCCGUGCCGGAAGUCCGGUGGUUUUGCGAGGGCAAGGAGCUGGAGAACAGCCCUGACAUUCAGACCGUCACUGAUGGAGAGCUGCACUCUCUGAUCAUUGCGGAGGCCUUUGAGGAAGACACCGGACGCUACUCCUGCUUCGCAUCUAAUUUCUACGGCACUGACUCAACGUCAGCAGAGAUCUAUGUCGAAGGUGUUUCCUCUUCGGACUCCGAGGGCGAGCAGCACUUUGAGCAUGUAGCCCAGCCACAGAAGAGAUCUUCUCCCCCAUCAUCAGGCCAAACUCUCUCUGCAGAGGGGAAAGACUCUCCUCCCUCCCAACCUGCAGCAGCGACCGAGGAGCCGGCGGAGCAGAUCUCCUCUCCAACAACCACCCAAAUAAUCCCAGAACCUCUCCGAACACUGUGGACGUCGGCCACCGCACUUCCAGUCACGGGACCCUCUAAAUCCCCAGCUCACCCUGCUCCGGAAGAGGGAACAGUAUCAGCCGUGCAGGCGGUUCCGACUUUGCCCCCUGGUGAGCCUUCAGCAGCUCGGGAUGCGUCAACAUCUGUCGCAGCCACACCUCCACCUCUGCAGACCUCGUCAUCGGCAGCUGCAACUCAGCUGCCUCUGAGCGCAGUGGUCUCGUCUGCGCUCACUUUCCUAUCUGCUCCAACACAGACCCCCCAACCAGAGACUCAAACCUCCAACCAUAACUCUCCACUGGGGUUGAACGGCCUCCCCGUUAUGGCUGCCCCUGUAUUCACAAAGAGCUUGCAGGACCUCCUUGCGUCAGAAGGCCAGCUGGUGGUGCUAGAGUGCCGUGUGAAAGGGGUCCCGUCUCCUCGCGUGGACUGGUACAAAGAGGGGAAAAUCAUAGAUGACUCUCCUGACUUCCGGAUUCUGCAGAAAAAGCCCAGAUCUCCGGCUGAAUCAGAGGGAAUAUGCACUCUGGUCAUUGCCGAGGUCUUUCCUGAAGAUUCAGGGGUGUUUAACUGCACCGCAACCAACAAGUUUGGAACCGUGUCUAGCACUGCGACUCUAACGGUCAAAGGCAAUGGAAGCAACAGCAACCAUGUGAGGCCUUUCAGCGGGUUAAUGGUGAAGCCCCAUCAAAUGCAAGAACCUUCUUCAGCUCCCACCGUGGACCCUCACCCAGAAGUGACUGUGAACAACAGCAUCAAGCCCCACUGCAGCACUAUUCACCUGGACCCGCUCGUCUCAAGCACCUUACGUCUGGACCCCCUGAGCACCAGCACCCUCCAUCUUGACCCCCACGGCUCAAGCAUGUUGCGUGCAGACCCCUUACGCACCAGUCUACAAAGUCUGGAACCCUCCAGCCUGAGGAGCGGCUCCUGCCUCGUCUCACGCAGCAGUAGCACCCCAAGCCUAGAUCCUACCUGCCUCAACCAGAACCCUCCUGGACCCGGUGCACCACGUCAAGAACCACACGGGCAUGGACAGGUGCUCUCGUACCCAAACCCCCCCACUUGUCGAUUUGCGGCUGAGACCUCAGCGGAGCAGGAAGUGUCCCAACCAUUGGCGAUAUCGCCUGACACCAGCCCUAAGGUGAAGGGCACCUCAAACCAUCAGAAUGGGAGCGUCAUUGUGGUGGCCCUCCCUGAUCCUCCGCCGAACUCCUGCCUAAAGACAGGCGCCCAGACCAACCACAAAGACUCCAGGGUCGGCCUGCGUGUGCACUUCAAACUGCCUGAGGACGAGGCGGGUGAAAGUGAUGCGUCCAGUCAGUUUGAUGAGGACGCCGCCAUGUCUGGGAACAGAGAACCACCACCAGUGCUGGCUAAACCCAAACUGGACCCGGCCCAGCUCCAGCUCCUGCACAACCAGGUCCUCAUGGAGCAGCAGCAGGACACCAAACCUCCGACCCAAACCCACACCCAGCCGCAGGCCCACCCCCAAUUACAGAUCCAGCCCGAGGUCUCCAAUGAAGGUUCGCUGUGGUCACCCCAAAUGCACGGCGAACCCCAUCAGCCACCCAUUCAGCCUUCCCUUAGCACUACGUCACCACAGAAGCCCAACUCCGCACCUCCGUUGACAGCGGCUCCCCCCGGUCCCUUUGUGAGCUCUGCUCCAGGACUCAACACCACCUUUUCACCCCUUCUUAAUACUUCUGCUUUCAGCUCCACUCCUUCACUCCCUCAGCUAAAGACCUUGUCCGUGCUGACCUCUCCUCCACCUGCCCCACAGCUGAAAACAGCUCCCCCUUUCAGUAUGGCUGCUGUACCCCAGAUGAACACCAUCCAUGCCUCCCACCUAAACCUCUCCCCUUCAACACUUGCCAGAACUGCACCUACACUCCAAUUUUACUCUCCUUCUGCACCGAAGCUUAGCGCAGCCCUUACAGGUCCGAGCUCAACCUUACAGCAGAUCACAUCUCCCGCUCCGCUACUGAGAAGCACCCACGCCUCCCUGAUGAACCUCACCGCCACCUCCCACACCUUCAACUACGCCCGGCCAAAAGAGUUCAUAGCUGCUCAGGCAUUCUCACCGGUCAUGAGUCCUUCCCCGACUGAAUCCCCGGUUCCUCUCCUCCAAGAGCUGGCUGCUGAGCUCAACUCCUCCGCGGCCAGCUCCCCUACUCUCCCACCAUUCUGCCCGCCACCCAGGAUCUUCCCCAAUAAGGGUGUUCAAGUCCCCACCAGCCCUCCCUCCUUGGUUUCCUCACCCACACCGGUGUCUGCAGCAUUCCUGAACAGCCUGAGGGCCCAGUCGCCUCCACAGGCCUCCUCUCCCACAUCCAGCAGCUCCACCCCCAGCCCCAUUCAGAACCCCGUGGCGUUCCUGAGCUCCGUCCUGCCGUCCCUGACCCCGAGUCAGCCCACCAACUCGAUGGGCCUGCCCAAGGGAGCUCCUUUAGGGUUAAAAAAGAGCGUCCCAAAGUUGCGCCUCUCGUCGAAUGAAAACAUUCACGAAAGCAAAGAAAGUCUUCUCCAUGAUCUAGAGAAUAAGCUUGGAUUUAAAGACGACGCUCCACAUUUCACACAUCAACAGAAGCCGAGUAAUGAGUGGAAAACAGGGAGCAGACCCCUUGGACCAAACAUUCCUGCUAAUGUCAAUAACUAUGAUAAGGAGUACAAAGUGUCCAAUUUUGAGCAGAGACUAAUGAGCGAGAUUGAAUUCCGAUUGGAGCGGACGCCGGUGGAGGAGUCUGAUGAUGAGGUGCAGCACGAUGACGUCCCUACAGGAAGAUGCAUUGCACCUAUAUUUGACAAGAAACUGAAGAAUUUCAGAACAACGGAAGGCGUGCCUGUCACACUGUCCUGUAAAGUUGUGGGAAUCCCUUUUCCGAAGGUUUACUGGUUUAAGGAUGGCAAGCAGAUCUUGAGGAAGAAAACCCAUUACAAGAAGAUAAGAGAGGGGGAUGGGACCUGCGCUCUACAUAUAGAGUCCACGACCAACGAGGACGACGGCAACUACACCAUCAUGGCAGCGAACCCACAGGGAAGAAUUAGCUGCUCGGGUCAUUUGAUGGUCCAAACGGGACCUCCCCGAAACCGACUGACACCUAUUCACUCUCAGAGGGUGCGAACCCGCAUACAGGAAGUCGAAGGUGAGAGAACCCAGGAGCAAUUUUUUCGCCCUCACUUUCUCCAGGCACCGGGGGACAUGCUGGCCCAUGAAGGAAGACUAUGUAGACUAGACUGUAAGGUGAGCGGCCUCCCCAACCCAGAGCUCAUGUGGUUGGUCAACGGGGGGCCAAUCUAUCCCGACCUUUACCACAAGAUGUUGGUGCGGGAGAAUGGCGUCCAUUCUCUGGUCAUUGACCCCUUGACGCAGAAUGACGCCGGCACAUACACCUGCAUCGCCAGCAACAAAGCAGGGCAGAGCUCCUUUAGUCUCGAGCUCAAAGUUGUGGAGAAGGAGAUGAAGCACCCUCCCCAGUUUGUGGAGAAGCUGCAGAACGUGGGUAUUCCUAGUGGGACUCCGGUCAGGCUGGAGUGCCGGGUGGUGGGCAUGCCCCCUCCAGUCAUCUUCUGGAAGAAAGACAAUGACACCAUCCCUAAAACCAAGGCCAGAAUCAGCAUGACCCAGGAUCCAACCGGGUAUGUGUGCCUCCUCAUCCAGCCGACAACCAAAGACGACGCUGGCUGGUACACAGUGUCUGCAAAAAACGAGGCAGGAAUUGUAUCAUGCACCUGCAGGCUUGAUAUCUAUGCACAGUGGCACCAGAGCAUCCCCGCACCCAUGAAAAAGGCUCCGCGUGCGGCCGGCCGCUACGCGGCUCUGACGGGCCAGGGGCUCGACAUCAAGUCGUCUUUCGCCACGUCGGAGAACAGCCCCAUCCUGUUCUCCAGCUCCCCUGCAGAGGCCAUAAUGGAGAGUGAGGAGCUGUGAGUCUGCAGCAUAUUGGACGCGCUGAGGUCAAAACCCUGGAGGGCUCAUACAAGCAGAUGCUAUGGGAUUUGUGUGAUGCUUUUGAAGUGAUACACUCGGAGUAGAAUGGCAAUGAGUUAUUGUGUUAAGGCUAUCGGCGCUGGUAGUGGGUUUGUCACCAUUCCUAUUCACUCAAGCCAUAUGAAUUGGUUUCACAUACAGAAAAGCAGACCUUAGGUCUUAGGUCAUGAGACUUCAGUAGGGUUGAUAAGUGUUUUUUCAGACUGGCUUGAAUGACGUUUGUUUUCUAUAUCAUUUUUAGUUAUGACAGUGUGUGUGUGUGGGAGAGAGGGGGGUGCCGAAUGUUGGUUAUAACAGCUGUUCCUUAUUGUUAGUCCUGUUCUCAAAGUGGAACAAGCGCUGCUUGUUUUUAUGCAAAAAAUAUUUACCUGAAUUGGUAGUCAUAUUUUAAAGUAAAAUGUCCAUAAUAUAAAUGUAUUUAUUAAUAAUCACAGUUUAGAGUAUAUAAAUAGAAAUAUGUGCUCCAUGGCUACAUUUACCUGAAUCAUUUCUUUCCUUAAUCACUGGUUCAUAUUUUUGCACCAUGUUUUUUCAUGUGCACGCCUGCCAAUGGUUGAUGAUGAUGCAAUAUCGUAUGAACACUGUCUGCAGUCGUAAUAAUAAUAUGCAGUUAGGUCACUCACUCAUUCAUGGUUACAAGUUGAAAGACAAAAGAUUUUGUCAAAUAUGUUUUGCUUUGUAGUUGUUUGGUUCAAUGAUUUAUCUGGAUUGUAUCCACAGUUUGAGAUGGAUUAACAGAGAAAUGAGUCCGAUGAGACUAAUAGCCUUUUGUUUUGCUGUCGGACAUCAACAAGUCAAAAACGGACGUUAUAAUUGAACUUUGAUCGAAGUUGUUUUCCAAAUAUAUAUUGAAGAAAAGUACAUACUAAACUGAUGUAAAGUUGCACUUUGUAAAAUAGUUUUGUCUCGCUCAGAAUAAAGUUAUAUUUAUUCAAA